AUGUUGCGACGACAGACGCGCGAGCGUCGCGAAUACAUCUACAAAAAGGCGCUCGAAUCCAAGGAAAAGCAGAUCUACGACCGCAAACAGGCCAUCCGCGAAGCGCUCGCCUCCGGCAAACCCCUACCCGCUGAACUUCGUGGCAAGGACGCCACAGACCUCGGACGCGACCUCAACCUCGAUGCAGCGCAGGAUGCGCCUGGGACGAGUAUCGACGACGAGUACUCGCGCGCGGGCACGUACGACCCACGUGUGUUGGUGACCACCUCGCGCGAUCCAAGCACGCGCCUGACGCAGUUCGCCAAAGAGGUCCGACUGCUCUUCCCCAACUCGACACGGCUAAACAGGGGCUCCUAUACGGUAGCUGAUCUUGCGGCUGCUGCUCGAGCGAAUGGGAUCACCGACAUGGUGGUGCUGCACGAACACAGGGGUGUGCCCGAUGCAAUGGUCGUUUCGCACUUUCCACACGGCCCUACUCUGCUUUUCACAUUGCACAAUGUUGUGCUCCGACACGAGGUCUCGGCACACGCAAACUCGACCGUCUCCGAACAAUACCCGCAUCUCAUCUUUGAGGGCUUUUCGUCCAAGCUGGGAGCGAGAGUCAUGUCGGCACUCAAAUUCCUCUUCCCCGUCCCCAAGGACGACUCCAAAAGGGUCAUGACGUUCGCGAACCAGAACGACUUUAUCGCCUUCCGACACCACGUCUUCGUCAAAACCAGCCACAGGGAGGUCCAGUUGGCAGAGGUCGGGCCCAGGUUCGACGCAAGGGUGUUCGAGAUCAAACAGGGCACGAUCGAUCAGACCAACGCCGAUACAGAGUGGGUCCUUCGCCCGUAUAUGAACUCGGCAAAGAAGAGGACUCAGCUGUAA